AUGGAGGAGAUUUUAUCUCGAAUCCUUGACGCAUGCAAGAUUGCAAGAGAACUGGAGAGCAGCCUUCUCCUCUACGUCGAUGUCGCAUCCGAUGCGCAUUACCUCUUGCGAUCUUGCGAGGAGAUUGUUGGUGCCUUCAACAAAGCCGUCCAUGGAUUAUAUGCCAUGCAGAGCCAAGCUCCUAGUGUCCAAAUGCUCCUCAUGAGUGCCGGUGAAGCAACGGGAAAUCCUUUUUGCACUGGUGUUCCAGCACCGAUAUCGCCGGAAAACCAGCCGGCGGUCACAGAGUCUGAAGGUGGCUUAAGCUAUGUUCACUCAGGGGCACCAGGUCAGAGAAAGGGCAAAUCUUUGGUGCCGAGAUCCUCCAAGAAGAGUUGCAGGCACGAAGGCAUUUCGAUUGAGUUGGUGCCGGCUCAACCUAACAUGGAGAAUCCUCCUGAUGAUGGAUAUACCUGGAAGAAGUAUGGUCAGAAAGAGAUACUUAAUUCGAGAUUUCCCAGAAGCUACUAUCAUUGCACCCAUAAACAUCAUCAUGGUUGCAAAGCAAAGAAGAAAGUGCAACGGCUUGAUGAUUAUCCAUCAACACUUGAAGUCACCUACUGUGGUGCUCACACCUGCCGCACCUCUCUAACCCCGAUCCUGAUCCCCAAUGACAACAAUAAUAAUGACGACUCACAGCUGGGAGGGCAUUUAGGGGCGCAGGCUGCCGUGCAAAAAGUAGUGGCAUCACAACCCAGUUUGAUUCAAGAUCAUAAUUGGUUCGACAGGGAGGAUAGCAGCAGAUAUAUAGAACAGAUGCAGGGCGGUGGAGAGGUUGAUUGCUCUGUAGCAGAAUUUGCAGAUGUCAUGUUUACUUUAGGGAGCAAUAGUACCUUGGAAGCCAUCUUCUCUCCAAGCCAAGGGAAACCGUAG